UCUCUCCUUUCCGGUGCUGGCUGCCGCCUGCAGAGACGCUCGAAAAUGGCUCCCCGUAAGGGUAAGGAAAAGAAGGAAGAGCAGGUUAUAAGUUUGGGACCACAGGUUGCUGAAGGAGAAAAUGUGUUUGGAGUUUGCCACAUCUUUGCUUCCUUCAACGAUACAUUUGUCCAUGUUACUGACCUGUCUGGCAAGGAAACUAUCUGCCGAGUAACUGGUGGCAUGAAAGUGAAGGCCGACAGGGAUGAGUCUUCUCCUUAUGCUGCUAUGCUGGCUGCUCAAGACGUAGCACAAAGAUGCAAGGAACUGGGAAUCACUGCCCUUCAUAUCAAACUGCGGGCUACAGGUGGAAAUAGAACAAAAACUCCUGGACCCGGAGCUCAGUCAGCUCUCCGGGCUCUGGCUCGGUCUGGCAUGAAGAUUGGGCGCAUUGAGGAUGUUACCCCCAUUCCUUCAGACAGCACUCGCAGAAAGGGCGGUCGCCGUGGUCGUCGUCUGUAAAAUAGGGGCUGUUGUAUUUCAUCAUUAAAGCUUUCAAAAAAAAAAAAAAAAAAAA